GGUUCAAAAGUAAAGCUCUCUGGCAAACCUCAGAUGCAACUUCACAAACAUGAAUGUGUUGCUGUUUUUGGCCGCAGUCUCUCCUCUGUUGGUGGGCGCCGCUUCGUAUAUCCCUGUCAUUGAUUCAGACUGUUCUGAUGUCUAUGCGAGUGGAUAUAACAAGAGUGGCGUGUAUGUCAUAUUCCUAAAAAAUAACGCUUUGCUGGUUUACUGUGAGAUGGUCUCCACUGGAAAGAAAAAUGAUGACGGGAAAUGGACGGUGAUUCACAGACGAAUGGAUGGCGAUUUGAAUUUCGACAGGCCAUGGGACCAAUACAAAAUGGGCUUUGGUGAUAAAUCACGAGAAUUCUGGCUGGGGCUGGAGAAUGUCCACCUGCUGACCAACAGACAUCAGUAUGAACUGAGAGUAGAUUUGGAGGACUUUAGUGGGAACAAGGCUUACGCUCUGUACCAGAAGUUUUCUGUGAGCUCUGAGGCUAACGGGUACCGACUGAAUAUUGGCAGCUUUGUAAAUGGAGGAGCAGGUGAUUCUUUGAAUUUACACAAUGGAAUGAAGUUCACCACCUAUGACAAAGACCAGGACAAUUCGGAAAAAAAUUGUGCUGUCUCAUACCCUGGAGGGUGGUGGUACAACAAUUGUUAUCACACAAACCCCACUGGUCCGUAUUUGUGGGGGAAAAAAGAAGGUAAUAUUGGAAUUGCCUGGUAUCACUGGAAGAACAGCUGGGUGUCUCUAAAGUCCAUCAUCAUGAAGAUCAGGCGUGUAAAAAUUUAGCUCCCAGCGGAGUUACUGUAUCCAGAGCAAACACCUGAUGAAAUUUCAGCUCGCUGUACCACGAAUUUGACCUUUUUCUCUGGCUAUUGUGCAGAAAAUCUUAGCGCAUUCUCUCCUUUUCUCACUCAAGAAUUGCUGUGUGCAUUGAAAUCAUCUUCAAUAAAGUUCUGACCUGCAAGCAAAACAUCUUUCAUCUCUGUUUUUAUAUACAAUACAGAUGUGGUUAUCUCUUCUCCAGAAACCAAAAUAAGCAAUUUAUGCUAAUUUCAAACUGUAAACUAACAAAUCAAAGAAUUUUGUUUCCAGCUGGUGUGGCGACCUCAUCAUGGAUAACCCCCACCCCACCCACCAGCAGGUGAACAGCCCUGCUUGAGGUUCACUUAUCAUUUUAAUAAAGGUUUCUCCACAAAAACAGUUUUAAUGAUGUAUUGCAUUACAUUAUUCCACCGUCUCAGGCUCUCUGUCUGAAACACUCUGUUUCUGUGCUACUUCCCCUUUAAGACUUCAAUAUACAUACACGUCCAAUGUUAUGAUUGACUAACAUCUUUUUUUUAACAUGUGUGGCUCAUUAUGAAGCACACAAUAUGGCAACAAAGGCCCCAUAUAAUUGAGCAGACAAAAUUGUGUCUUCAGUGCCCAAACGCUUACUAAGUUUUAUUAGAACAAAUG